AUGCCGUGGUCUGGUGAACAAAGUGGUUUCGUUAUUGAGGUAUUUUUCAAAAACGCUGAAUGUGUGAUCGCGACACAGAGAGCAUUUCGCACUCGGUUCAGUUUGAAUCCAAACGAAAGUGUCCCUGAUCGGAAAACGAUUUUGAAUUGGGUACAAAAUUUAAGAGCAACAGGAUCUGCAAUGCCUAAAAAACCGGUUGGACGUCCCAAGUCCGUGAGAACACCGGAAAACAUUGCCGCAGUAAGAACAUCGAUAGAGCAGUCUCCGUCGCGUUCUGCUCGGAAACAUGCCUCUGCUCUCGGGAUAUCGGAUCGAACGGUAAGGCGAAUUUUGCACUGUGAUCUUAAAUUACACCCAUAUAAGAUUAUGGUAACUCAAGAAUUAAGUCCAACAGAUUGGGAAAAACGAAAAGAUUGCUGUAAUGCAAUCCUUAAAGUUGUGCCUCCCAACGGUAUUGUGUGGAGUAGCGACGAAGCACAUUUCCUAACCUUUCGUUAUUGGGCUGCUGAAAACCCUCUAAAAAUACACCAACAACCUCUUCAUAGUCCUAAAGUAACAGUUUGGCGUGCUUUGUCCUCGGUAGGCAUCGUGGGGCCUUAUUUUUUUGAAGAGGGUGAUGUUACAGUUACUGUAACUUCCAACCGGUACUGCGAGAUGUUGGAGAACUUUUUACGCCCGAAAAUCGAAGAGUACGAAAAUAAUGAUGUCUUCUGGUUUCAACAGGAUGGGGCUACAACUCAUAGAGCCGGUUGUUCUCGUGCUGUAUUGCAAAAAAUGUUUCCUGGUCGCUUGAUCUCCUUAAGGGAAAACAUUACAUGGCCUCCUCGCUCCCCUGAUUUGAGCCCAUGUGAUUAUUUCUUAUGGGGAUACCUCAAAGCUGAAGUUUUCAAACAUCGACCAAGAACCAUUGAAGAACUAAAAGAGGCCAUCCGUCAAGAAAUCUCCGCGAUUCCACUCGAUAUGCUGGCGAAAGUGAUGGAAAAUUUUCAAGAACGGCUCCAUAUGUGCGUUGCUCGUCAAGGCAAUCAUUUAGACGAUAUAAUUUUUAAAAAAUAA